UUGCACUACUCCACUCACUCAUUACGAAGCACCCGAGCCCUAGGUGCUUGUCCGGAUGGAGGGCGAACCUUUCACUUGAUUUGGUUUUUAUUUUUGUCCGUUCAUUUUGCCGCAGCAUGCACAGUAUUUGGGAUUUUUCUGACUGACGUGUUUUUUUCGCGUAAGGAUGACCAUUUUCAGCCAUGCGCUCGUUCGUGACGCCGUUCUGUCUAGUGUACACAGGCCAGUGAUGUGCUAUGGUGAUACAACAAGCUAAUACGACGCUAGCAGGGGGGACUGAUUUGGGAGACACCUUUUGAACACCUCAGCAAAUGAUUCGUACGCUUUGUUAAUUUUCAACACGCUGGAACACCAAGGGGGAUGUCUAACCAAGGAGUUCGAAGGAAUGGCCCAGUAAAGCUGCGGUUGACAGUCCUGUGUGCAAAGAACCUGGCAAAGAAAGACUUCUUCCGGUUACCCGAUCCCUUUGCCAAAGUGGUAGUGGAUGGCUCUGGACAGUGCCACUCUACAGAUACUGUGAGAAAUACAUUGGACCCAAAAUGGAAUCAACAUUAUGACCUAUAUAUUGGAAAGGCAGAUUCCAUCACCAUCAGUGUGUGGAACCACAAGAAGAUCCACAAAAAGCAGGGUGCGGGUUUUCUGGGUUGCGUCCGCCUCCUCUCCAACGCCAUCAACAGACUUAAAGACACCGGCUAUCAGAGACUGGACCUCAAUAAGCUUGGCCCCAACGACAAUGAUACAGUCAGAGGACAGAUAGUUGUAAGUCUUCAGUCAAGAGACCGCAUAGGUACCGGAGGACCAGUGGUGGAUUGCAGUCGUCUCUUUGACAAUGACUUACCCGAUGGAUGGGAAGAGAGAAGAACAGCGUCUGGAAGAAUACAGUACCUGAACCACAUUACACGUACCACACAAUGGGAGAGACCCACCAGGCCAGCUUCAGAGUACUCCAGCCCAUCCGGGCGUCCUUUGAGUUGUGUGGUGGAUGAGAACACACCAGUGAUGACGCCUAUUAAUGGGGCAGAGGCCAGUGGCCCACCAGGAGAGCAGCGGCUCCAAGAGAGACGGGUGCGAUCACAACGGCACCGCAACUACAUGAGUCGAACGCACCUUCACACGCCUCCCGACCUGCCCGAGGGUUAUGAGCAAAGAACGACUCAACAAGGUCAGGUGUACUUCCUGCACACACAGACCGGAGUCAGCACCUGGCAUGACCCUCGCGUUCCCAGGGACUUGAGUAAUGUGAACUGCGAGGAGCUCGGUCCUCUGCCGCCAGGCUGGGAGAUUAGAAACACUGCUACCGGCCGCGUCUACUUUGUGGACCACAACAAUCGAACAACCCAGUUCACAGACCCAAGACUGUCUGCCAACCUGCAUCGGGUUCUCAACAGCCCCAGUCCAAAUGGAUCCCGUGUGGUCACAGAGAGCCAAAACACUAACCACAGCCAUCCAGCUCAGAUGAAGGGCCAGGGAGGUUCCAGUGGCCUCCAGCAAACUCUGUCCCCAGCCCAGUUGCCGGAGGAGGCCGAGUGCUUGACGGUGCCCAGGUAUAAGCGAGAUCUGGUGCAGAAGCUCAAGAUUCUACGGCAGGAGCUCUCGCAGCAACAACCCCAAGCAGGCCACUGCCGCAUUGAGGUGUGCCGUGAGGAGAUCUUUGAGGAAUCGUACCGGCAGGUGAUGAAGAUGCGACCAAAGGAUUUAUGGAAAAGACUGAUGAUCAAAUUUAGAGGAGAGGAAGGACUCGAUUAUGGCGGGGUUGCAAGGGAUUGGUUGUACUUGUUGUCCCAUGAGAUGCUGAACCCGUACUACGGCCUGUUCCAGUACUCCAGAGACGACAUUUACACUUUACAGAUUAACCCCGACUCGGCCGUCAACCCCGAGCACCUGUCCUAUUUCCACUUUGUGGGUCGCAUCAUGGGCAUGGCAGUGUUUCACGGCCACUACAUUGACGGAGGCUUCACUCUGCCGUUUUACAAGCAACUGCUGGGAAAACCCAUCACACUGGAUGACAUGGAGUCUGUGGACCCCGACCUCCACAACAGUCUCGUUUGGAUCCUGGACAAUGACAUCACUGGAGUCCUGGACCACACCUUCUGUGUUGAACACAAUGCUUAUGGAGAGAUCAUCCAGCAUGAGCUGAAACCCAACGGAAAGAGCAUCUCUGUCAGUGAGGAUACCAAAAAGGAGUACGUCAGGUUAUAUGUGAACUGGCGUUUCCUACACGGUAUCGAGGCUCAGUUUUUGGCCCUGCAGAAAGGCUUCAAUGAAGUGAUCCCACAACAUCUACUCAAAUCCUUUGAUGAAAAGGAGCUUGAGCUGAUCGUGUGCGGCCUGGGAAAGAUCGACGUCUCUGACUGGAAGUCGAACACGCGUCUCAAGCACUGCACGCCCGACAGCAACAUUGUCAAGUGGUUCUGGAAGGCGGUGGAGUCUUUUGAUGAGGAGAGGAGGGCACGCCUGCUUCAGUUUGUCACCGGCUCCUCCAGGGUGCCCUUGCAGGGUUUCAAGGCGCUACAAGGCGCUGCGGGGCCUCGACUUUUCACCAUUCAUCAGAUUGAUGCCAACACCAACAAUUUGCCCAAAGCCCAUACCUGCUUCAAUCGUAUCGACAUUCCGCCCUACGAGAGCUACGACAAGCUCUACGACAAGCUGCUGACCGCCAUCGAGGAGACAUGUGGAUUCGCAGUGGAAUGAGGCGCGCCCCUUGAGUGUGUGUACGCGUGUGUUGACGUGAAACUGUACGAUGGAUUCAUCCAUGCAGCCUAACUGAGCAUCCCGCAGUCUUCCUCUUUUCUUUCACGCUGCUGCCCACCUUCUUCCCGUAUCUGAAUCCGAACGGGGAGCGCGCCUUUCUUCAAUAUUUCCUUGUGUUGUAGCAUAGCUGCGAGCCAACCGGCGGACUUGGAGACCACCCCGCGCUUCCCCCCGCCCCCCGCUCAAUCGAAAACUCCUUCCGGGCGUUUAAGAGCAGGACAGGAAUCGGUUUUGCUCGGCCCGCGUCACGCUCCUGCCACUUGUCGCCGCGUCUUCUUCAGGUAGCCACUUCUUGCCCAAGCUCUCCAUGUUCAUCAAAUUCACACGUCUAAGUGGAGAGCUGCACUUUCAUCCUACCUCAGUCCAAACUUGUGUGUAUGCGCGUAUGUAUCUAUUCUCAAGCCCCUCAUUGGGGAGGGGGAGUCCACUUUUAAUAGCAGCCCUAUAAAGGUAAUAUAUUGUUUUUGGAUCGUGCUGUUUUUUUUUUUUUAAGUCAAGCAUGUCAUGUGCUGAGGAAACGGACUCUGGUGAAGAAGUCUUCUGUGUGCGUGUAUCCAAAUCCAUGUUUGAAUGCAAAGAUAAGUUGGUCUUUAACUUUUUUUCCCCCUGCAAUACCUUCCAGUGGAACCUCCAAAGUUGAACAUCUACAAUUUGUUGUUGUAGUUGGAAAAAAAAAAUCCAUGUCAAGUAUAUUCAUUUGUUCCAGACUCUGGUUUUUAUUUACUUUACGGAAUGUGUUUUUAUAACAUUGCAACACUUCGAACUGACACACAUAUAUCAAGUUAGUCAACCAUACUUCCAUUUCAUUUUUUGUGGUUAUCAAUCGUUUUCUUCACAUCACAAAACAGUAAAACACAUCCCGUAGUCACCCACAGUCGGUUUCAGUUCCACAUUGUUCCACUUUGGAGGUUCCACUGUUCCAAGUUUCAAGCCGCUCAAGAUGAACCGCCGAGCCUAUUUUGUCUUUUGUUUUUGUUUUCCCAUUCAUCCUAUCCACAUUUUGUAUGGAUGCGAUCUUCACCCCGGCCACCCCGCACGCUCGCUGUCCCGUCACGUGUCGCAAAGUGUGCGCUGCUGCAGACACAUGUUUAUUUUCACUUGUCACUGUCAAGCACUUUAGCAAGUGAGCAAUGAUGUCAGGAGUACUCCCCCCCCCCCCACUUCCCAAUAUGAAAAGGGGGUUUCUCAAACGAGUCAAAUGAAACCACAGGUUCCUCACUCACGACCCAAACUUGGACCGAUACGUCACCGUGUCCACAGCCAAUCCAAAAGCCCUUUGCAAGAAAUGAUAUACCUGAUUGACGAUCAAUAGAAUAGCUUUCGAGCGUUUUAUUUGCCUCAAUAUGGGAACCCCUAUUUUGAAAUCUCUCAAGUCUACUUUGCUCUACUAUAUUUUACAAGUAUACGGACUAGAUGAACACGUAUCUACACAGCGAGUAUAUCUGUACAAAAAUGAUUUUUGUGUGCGUGUGUGUGUGUGUUCCGUGCAAAUGCAGCGUGUCUGUCACAGACCUCUUUGCAUUCUCAGGAGAACUUGUGCUUUAUUAUUUUAUUUUAUUUUAUUUUCAUGAUUACAUGAGGAGGACUCGAUGCAAAACAAGAGACACCGGACUUUUGAAUAAUCAUCCACACAUAGAAGCAUUUGCUACAGGGGAUGUUUCCACUAAAUUCCAAGCAACACAGAGGACAAACGUUUUGAUAUCUUUUCUCAACAAGUCUGUUUUGCAUAGCCAUGUGUAUUUUUUGAGACUUGUGACUCAUCUUCCCACCCCCCUUUCUGUUUUCUUUACCGGCUACAACCAUGAAGCGCUCACAAAUUGUUCUAUGAACAUUUACAGAUGAUUUAUUUCAUGUUAUCUCUAACACAACUAUAAAUGCAUUGCAAGUGUUAUUUGCACACGUCAUGUAUACUUGGACACUUUCCUUUAUGUACCAGAUACGAAUGGACUGAUUUUUGAUGUAGACCACGUAUAUGCACAUGCACAUGUUCCCGCUAUGCCGCACGUUUGUCCACAGCUCAUCCGUUCGCUUUGCCAUGUUUGCUGGCUGGCUUACUAGUGCAAAUGAACACUUGGGGGGGGGGGGCAAAUUGUCCCCUGUAAAACCAACCAUCCUUUUCAAUUAAUUCUGCAUCCGAUUUUACCACGGUUUUUGUAUUUAUUGUUACAGUAACUAUUCUGUUUUUCACCUCAGCUGCUCUGUGAGCUUGUAAUUGACAAUAAAGAAGCAAAGAUAUUCAAAAGGAUGGCGGAGAGGUGAGGGGUGGGAACUAAUUCUUGUAAACUUGCAGAAAGCGGAGCAAUAAAACACUGCUGUCUGGAUGUUGACAGCAUUAUGUUUUAUACAA